AUGUACUACUGUAAACAGCAUGGUAAAAAAAUUUCUUUUUGGCAACUGCCAUCAGCAAUAUUUUCAUCCAUGCAAUGUAUUAAAUCCAACCAUAUUCAUGAUAUUGAAACAGAGAAUAAACCAUUAUCUAUUGAUCUUAAUGAAAAUGAAAUUGAUGUUAAUCCGAUGACAAUUAUAUUAGCUAAUGGUCAACCAUUAUUAACAAAUUUUGAAGAAAAGUAUUUAAUAGAUACUAUAGUAAAAACAUUAAAUAAAGAUAUUGAAAGAAUUCUAGAAGAAAAAAAUUCAUUUUAUUCUACAAAUGAAUUAUACUUCACAAUCAUCAUUAUUUACAUUAAGCUAACACUAGAUAUUUGA